UGCAAAAGUAAUGAAAAAAGUUGUUUAUUCAAUGAGCUCAUCAACAAUCUCCAGUAAUUAUUAAAUUCUUGGUGUUUCGAUAUGGCAUCAAUUACGUGCAAUAUUAUCCCAAAUACUAGAUAUCAAAUUUACGGCCAAUUAUCACCUCUUUAUCACAACCCCAAGUCAUCAUUCAUUAAUAAUAUUGAUGGAAGGAAAACCGUCUUGGCGCGAUAUUCAAACGUUCAAGAGCCUUCUUCAACUGGCGCUGUUGGACUGGCUGUCAAACAAAACGACUCUUUCCCAGGGAAGGCAGAGGCUGAUGUGGUAGUGAUUGGGAGCGGAAUUGGGGGACUAUGCUGUGCUGGACUUCUAGCAAGGUACCAACAAGAUGUUAUUGUUUUAGAAAGCCAUGACAUACCAGGAGGAGCUGCACACUCUUUCGAGAUUAAAGGCUACAAAUUCGACUCCGGUCCCUCUUUGUUCUCUGGCUUUCAAUCAAGGGGUCUUCAAGCCAAUCCUCUUGCCCAAGUUCUAGAUGCGCUUGGUGAGAGAAUUCCUUGUGCCACUUAUGAUUCAUGGAUGGUCUACGUUCCAGAAGGCGAGUUCUUGUCGCGCAUUGGCCCCACGGAGUUCUUCAAGGACCUUGAGAAACAUGCAAGUCCAAAUGCUGUUCUAGAAUGGCAAAAGCUGCUGGAUGCAGUUCUUCCACUGUCAGCGGCUGCGAUGGCUCUGCCUCCUCUGGCCAUUAGAGGUGACUUAGGAGUCCUUUCAACUGCUGCAGUCAGAUACACCCCCUCACUCCUUAAAUCUUUCCUCCAAAUGGGACCCCAGGGAGCUCUUGGCGCGACAAAGCUGCUACGACCGUUCUCAGAAAUUGUCAACUCGUUGGGAUUGAAAGACCCCUUUAUAAGGAAUUGGGUGGACUUGUUGUCCUUCUUGCUUGCUGGGGUGAAAUCUAAUGGUAUACUCUCAGCAGAGAUGAUUUACAUGUUUGCAGAGUGGUACAAGCCAGGUUGCUGCCUUGAGUACCCUCUCCAUGGAAGUGCGGCUGUUGUUGAUGCUCUUGUAAGGGGAUUGCAGAAGUUUGGGGGACAACUUUCUCUGCGAAGCCAUGUAGAUAAAGUCGUCGUUGAAAAUGGCCGAGCAACUGGGGUCAAGCUAAGAAGCGGUCAAUUCAUACGUGCUAAAAAGGCUGUUGUCAGUAAUGCAUCCAUGUGGGACACUCUAAAACUAUUGCCUAGAGAUGUUCUUCCUAAGUCAUACGUAGAUGGCGUGAACGCGACCCCACAAUGUGACUCAUUCAUGCAUCUCCAUUUGGGCUUUGAUUCAGAGGGAAUAAGAGAUGACUUGGGGAUUCAUCAUAUUGUUGUAAAUGAUUGGAAUAGAGGAGUAGAUGCUGAUCAGAAUGUCGUACUGAUAUCUGUACCUAGCGUACUGAGUCCUGACCUUGCGCCACCUGGGAAACAUGUGCUGCACGCUUAUCUGCCAGGAACUGAGCCUUAUGAACUUUGGAAAGGACUUGAUCGGCGCAGUGCUGAAUACAAAAAUCUUAAAUCCAAAAGAUCGGAGGUUAUGUGGCGGGCAGCGGAACGUGCACUUGGUCCAGGGUUUAGCCGUGAAAAGUGCGAGGUCAAGCUGGUUGGAUCUCCAUUGACACAUGAAAGGUUUCUUAGAAGACACAGAGGAACAUAUGGGCCAGCCAUUGAAGCUGGUAAAGGCUCCUUUCCUGGACAUUCAACUCCCAUCCCACAACUUUACUGUUGUGGGGAUUCUACUUUUCCUGGCAUUGGAGUCCCUGCAGUUGCUGCUAGUGGCGCCAUUGUUGCCAAUUCACUCGUUUCCGUGUCUCAACACUCCCAACUUCUCGAUGCCAUUGGAAUCUGAAGUGCACGUUAUAAUCUUUUGUUUUUUGAAUUUGAAGACAGAGAAAUUUGAAUUCUGGACCCCAACGUAAGAGAUAGGUGCAUAAUUAUCACUAAGCUUGAAAUUAUUCAAUCUUUCCAUUCCAUUUUCUAUUCAACUGUGAAAUUGUAUUCGGUACAUUUGUUCAAAUGGAAAUCAUAAGGAUGCUCUGUCCAACAAUCUAGCAUCAUUUU